CCCCAGGAAUGUCUAAGCCCUCUCCCAAUCCAAAAACCCUCACACCCUCCUAGCUCUCAAGCUAAUCUCUGACCAUGGCACAAACCCUAACACGUGCCGCCACCUCCACCGUCACGCGCUACCUUACUAUCUCCGCACUCAUCCCCAAACGCCUCCUCUCCACCACCUCCAUCACCCACCCUCCUCCCAUCCCUUCCCUCCUCUUCUCCCGUCGCCCUCUUACCCCUCUUUCCCAAGCCGUCCAAGCUCUCCCUCUCGUCCCCACGCGCUUCACCGCCAUCCGAUGCCGCGUCAACCGCUCCGGAAACUCCUACUCCCCGCUGAACUCCGGGUCGAACUUCAGUGACCGGCCACCUACCGAGAUGGCCCCGCUUUUUCCGGGGUGUGAUUAUCAGCAUUGGCUUAUUGUAAUGGAUAAGCCUGGUGGGGAAGGAGCAACUAAGCAGCAAAUGAUUGAUUGUUAUAUUGAAACCCUUGCUAAAGUCGUUGGCAGCAAGGAAGAAGCCAUUAAGAGGAUCUACAACGUUUCCUGUGAGAGGUACCUUGCAUUCGGCUGUGAGAUUGAUGAGGAGACCUCACAGAAGCUAGAAGGAUUGCCUGGGGUUCUCUUUGUGCUUCCGGAUUCUUAUGUUGACCCUGAAUACAAGGACUAUGGGGCUGAAUUGUUUGUUAAUGGUGAGAUUGUUCAGAGACCACCUGAAAGACAGAGGAGGGUGGAACCACAGCCCCAGAGAGCCCAAGACAGGCCAAGGUACAACGACAGGACUCGUUACGUGCGCCGUAGAGAGAACAUGCGGUGAAACAGUUGAUUGAAAAGGAAAGAUUUUGUAUAGAAAUGUUAGAAGUGGUUAACUUUUGUGAUGUGUUGCUGGACAUAUGGUGUGAUGUGUUGCUGGACAUAUCGAAGUCUUGUGAUAAAGAAUGUAUCAGCAUUUGUAGCAGUUAUUUUACUGAACUAAGAUGUUCUAUGCUAGAGUUCUGAACUUUAUUAUUGUUGCUGCAUGAAAUCAUGCUCAGUGUAGAACUCAAGUUUUUUAUUUCCUUCAUGUUUCCCUCUAUGUUUCACUGGCA